CAAAGAACAGUUUUUCUGUCCUGUCCGUGCAACUGACUGGGGCGCCUGCGCGCUCGCGGACUGUGCGCGGGGUCUCCCGCCCCGCGGUUCAAAUGCUGUGCUGCUGGGCCGACGCCAUUUUGUCUCUUCCUUCUUUCCCGAGCCGCCUGGGCUCUGAGGCGACCGUCUCGCCUUCGCUGGAAGAUGGCGUGGCCUAAGCUGGGAGGCGGUCAUCGCAUCCUUAGGAAACCUGGAAACCCCGCGGGCGGAAAGACUCGGCCGCGGCGACUGCGCUGAGGUAAGGCCCGGCCUGCCAUGGAGCCCAGCAGGGAGCGGGAGCCGGCCAGCCCUUGCCCGCCCUCUCUGCCGCAGCCCCAGCCCGACGCCCCGUUUUCGUGGCUGCGGCUCUUCUCGCAGCUGCUGCAGCGCCUCCUGCCCAGCCCGGCCACCUCCGAUCUCCUCCUGGAGGCCGAGGCCCGCGCGACCGCCCGGGAGCCCUCCUUGCCCCUGUGGGGGCCCGCCGAGCUCGCGCCGCUUCUGGUCAGGCACCACUUCGGCCUGGUCUCCUCCUCCUUCGUGCUGAGUGGCGCCGAGGAGAGCCCGCUGCCUCGGCCCUUGAGCGCGUCUUGGGAGGAGCUGCCCGAGGCCCAGCACAUCCGCUCCAAGCUGCCCGAGAUCUUGCAACGCCUGCAGCAGCGGGGCAGCAAGGCGGGGCCGGAGGUGCCAGAUCCCGAUUAUGGCUAUCAUAGCUUGGAGGAAGAGCAGCCGCGGGAGUCCGGGGCGCCGAGAGAGCCCGCGGAGUCGUCGGUGGAUGACCGCCAACCAGCGCAAGAGGGGACGGGCCCCGGAAACAUGCGCGGGCCUCCCGCUGGGGGGGAUCUCUGUGAGGAGGCGGGGGCCGAGGCCGGACCCGUCCCCGAGGAGGACUCGGAUUUAGAGCAAGACUUGUGGCCGGCGGCGGCCAGGCCGGCGUGUGCUAACAAACUCAUAGAUUACAUCCUGGGGGGCGCCUGCAGCGGGGAGGAAAGCGAGGCGGAGGAAGAGGAGGAUGACUGGGGUGGGGACGAGGAGGACGAUGAUGGGUUUGAUAGUGAAGGCUCCCUUUCGGAAUCUGAUACGGCCAGCCAGGAUGGGGAGAGGACGCAUUUGUGGAACUCCUUUUGUAGCCUAGAUCCUUACAACCCUCAGAACUUCACGGCUGUUAUUCAGACUGCUGGGAACGAAGUCAAAAAAGAGCCUCUCGGUGAGCCAAAUAGGGUAGAGGAUGUGGAGGAUUCUUCCUCUUGGACGGAAAGUUCUGGGGAGGAAGAUGAAUGGGAGUCUAGUGGCCUAGAUGAAGCUGAAAACUUGAAGCUAUGGAACUCUUUCUGUAAUUUAGAGGACCCUUAUAAUCCUUUCAACUUUAAGGCGCAGUUUCAGACUGCAGGAAAGAAAGGGAAGCACGACUUUAAAGGACCAACAGAGAUGUGCCUUGGUCUCUCGCAACAGAGUGUCUAUCUUAGUUGUCAGGUGCAUGUACUUGAUAACCAUGAGCCUGAGAUUAAGGAAACUGUGAAGCAUGGUAUCCUUUCUACAGAAAAGUGCAUGAAGAAGAAGAAAAAGGUGACUUUCUUAGAAGAAGUUACUGAGUAUUAUGUGAGCAGUGAGGAAGAUCGCAAAGGACCUUGGGAAGAACUUGCACGUGAUGGGUGCAGAUUCCAUAAACGAAUUCAAGAAACUGAAAAUGCUAUUGGGUACUGCUUAACAAUGGAACACAGGCAGCAAAUAAUACAAAGGAUCCAGGAAAUGUGUUACAGAAACCUUGAUGUUUUCUAGCACCUUAAUAAACUAUAAAAACACUCAUGCAUUUAAUUAAUGAUACUUAUGAACAUCUCGCAAAAGAUCACUUUUUCUAAUAAAAUGGCAGCUGCCUACAAAGAUAUAAAACCGGGGUACAAGGAUGAUUAAUCCCACAUUCUAAUACUCUGCCAAUAAAUAUGCUGUAUGUGUUUGGACGUGGUGUUAAAAUAAAUUUUGUUGGGUAACAUCAAGUGAAUACCUAUUCCUUUUUAAAGCUGAGUGUCUUUUUUAGCAAAAGCCAGUCCAGAAAUGCCUCUUUUUGCCAUAUAUAAGUGGAGUUUUGCACUUUUUAAAAGGGAAAAUAUUUUGAAAGUGUAUUUAUUGGGUAUCAAGCCCAGCUGUGCAGUUCUGGUUUAAAGUUUAUAGUUAAAUCCAAUUUUCUUUGAAAAGAAAAUGGAAAUUUUCUGAUUAUUCCUUUUGCUGAGAUGAAUUUCAUUUUACUUUGCAAUCUUGAAUCUAAUGUCAUCCUCCCCUUUACGUAGGUAUUUCUCUCCAAUGUCAAAAGGCUAUAAUUUACUGCAUCUUUGGUUUUAUAGGUCUUGUUCCCAAACGUGCAAAAUCUUUGUAUUGUGCUUUUAUUGCACAUGUGCAGUCUGUAGUAAAUUUUUAAACUACAGCAUGUUGGCCUGCUCUGAGUGGCAGUGUGAAUUUAGGCUGCCGUGAAGAUAGGCAACAGUAUAGUAUGUUUUCCCCCCUUUGAUCAUUUGUAUCUAACAGGAUAUUGCACAGCAUUCCACUCUUAAGCAUGGAUUACUGAAAGUCUACAGCAGUUCUACAUGUUCUUUUAUUAUUAUUAUUAUUAUUAUUAUUAUUAUUAUUAUUAUUAUUAUUUAUAUAGGACUUGAAAACAGCUAGGCACUAUGUAAAGCAUAAACAGUUUAAAUUGGUCUGUUUCAAUUGUGGCCCACUUCAUGAAAAAUACAGGUAUUAGCUGCUCAAGACUUGUAACACUUAACAGAUGUUUACCAAAGAUCAGUAUUAACAUAAUCAUAUAGUGAUAUUGUUUGCAAAAAUAGUACUGAAAUUUCUCCAUAAAGCAUAAUUGUUAAACAACAAAAAUGGGAAGGAUGUUUGGAUUUUAAACAAUUAUUUAAAUGGCAUAGAUAAAGCAUUUCUAAAUAGCGCAGCAUCCAAAGUUAUUUGAGUAAAUGCAUUCAUUUAUAACUGUCGGUUCCAUUUCAUCUGUAGAACUUUAGCACUAAGCUGGGGUGAUACCUAAUUGGUUCAGUAUGCUGCUAUUCUUUGUAACUCACAUUGGAGCCAGAAUUAACCUAUUAGUUUUAUAUGCCCUCUUUCUUGUUCUUGUACAUUGUAGUAGGAAGCAUGCUUUUUUUUGUUUCUUUCUUUUGCUCACAAAAAUAGCUCACUUAACUGAGUUCAGCCUAGCUUUACAAUUUACAUAAUGCCAAUGGAAAUGUUGCUGUUGAAUGUUUACCAUUAUGAUACGUUGUUUUCAUAAACCUAUGUUUGGUCUGUUUGUGUUCAGUAAGCAAGAAACAAAAGGCUUGGAUCCACCAGCGUGGAUCCAGAUGGCAUUUUCUGCUGCAGUGGGAAGGGGAGAGGUGAAAAAGUCAUGCUCUGUGGAUUGGAAUACUUGUGUGUGCAGAAAUAUUCCAAGGGAUCCAAUCUGGUGUGUUCAAGCUUUGAUGUGGCUGUAGCUUUACUGUUGACAAUACUUUCUUUUAGAUCCUGGUGUUCCUGAAAGGGUAUUUUUACUGGAAUACACUGCUGUAGAACUUCAUUGAGCCAUCUAGAGCUGGUAUACUUACUUGAGAAUGAGUCUUACAGAUUCCAAGUAAAUGUGCACAGGUUAAGGAUGCAAAAAUGAUAAUACUGAAAGUACCGACUCUUGCCACUCCAAGUAUUGUCUUUCUAGUUAUCUACAGAGUAAUAGAUGGAAAACAAGUCUGGCUCUCAACUUCAAGCUGUAAAACCCAAGAAAUAUAAUUAAUUUGUCUUCAAAUAGUUUUUCUAUAUAAAGAUUUAGUGGUGCUAAAUAUGGCAAUGAAGGAUGUCUUUCAGAGUCGUUUGAGUAGUGAGACAUGAAAAUCCAGUACUUAUAAACUUUAAAUCAAAACUGUGAUUAAUGAGAGUUUUAUUUUUAUAUCAUUUUAGGAAGGCAAAAGUAGAGCCUAACAACCUUAUAAAUUCACUUUAUACGAGUUUAAAUCAAUUUGCUUGCAAUUCUUUGGAUUUUUAUAUUUAAAAUUAUAUCUGUACAUAAUAAUUUAAAACUAAUCUGUUAAAUAUAAUAAAGAGAUUUUGCAAGUUA